AUGGAAGCAAGUACAAAAAUGUAUCGCGAUUCAAACCAAGAAGACGCGUGCAGCGUUGUUUGGACAAAACUACCAUUACUUUCCUGGAUAUGUCCAGCCAUUGGCCAUGUUGGCGUCACAGAUUCUCACGGAAUUGUUUAUGAUUUCGAAGGUCCUUAUUAUAUUGGAAAAGGAAAUAUGCUUUUCGGUCGUCCUCUUUAUCGCUGGAAGAUCGAUAUUGAUCCUCAGCAGUGGGAUGGGGCUCUUGAAACGGUUACAGAAAGAUUUUCCGAUAUAAAUUACAAUUUAUUUACAUCAAAUUGCCAUUAUUAUGCAGCGGCAGUUCUUCAAGAAGCAGGUGUUAUACAAAUACCGCCAUUUUUCGGAUCAUGGAUUAAUGGAGCGACAAUUCAAAUUAUAUGGGGCCUUAUUUUACAUUCUAAACCGAAAUCAUUUUCCGCAUUCAUCAAAAAAUGGCUUCCAUUCAUUAUAAUUCUUAUUUUCAUAAUUUAUUUUUUCGUAUUAUGA